AUGCAAAAUUCAUAAAAAUCUUUAGCAAUAGUUGGUAUGGGAAUGGCGGGUCUAGGCUGUGCCUGGAACCUCACAAAAAAUAAGACAAACAUCAACCUGAUGCUCCUCGAAAAGUCUUAGAAAGUUGGCGGAAGAGCUACUUCAAAUUCGCGUCAUGGAUAUACCUAUGAUCAUGGAGCAAACUAUUUUACUUUUGAAGGACUAUCUUAAUCUUAAAGAGUGAUAGAUAUAAUUAAAAAGCAGCUUCCUGCAGAGGAUUUAAUUUAGAUAACAAAAGAGCUUUACCUUUUUGACAAGGAUUCUAAAAUUUAUCAAACAAAAGAUACUCAACAAACAGAAAAGUUAACUUACAGAAAAGGUUUAAUCUAACUUGCAGAGCUAAUUUAGAAGGAUUAAGAUCUGAAUGUUAAGUUUGAAUAUUUUGUUGAUAAUUUAAAAUAUUGUCAAGAUACCAAAAAAUGGACAAUAACUUAUUCAGAUAAAGCAAAUAAUAGCAACAAAUAAGAUGUUAUAAGCACAGACUAUAUUUUAUUAACUCCACCAGCCCCAUAAAUUGUUGAUUUAUUUAAAAAGAGUGAGUAUCAUAAAAAAGAUGAAAUUAUGCAAAUAUUUGAGAAAUGCAAAUAUAAAAAGUAGUUAUGUCUUGUCAUUGCUUUUGAAAAAAAAAUCUAGGACAUCCCAUAUUUUGCUUUAUUAAAUGAAGAUAGGUAGCAUUCGAUAGUCUGGAUUACUGUAGAAGAUUAAAAGGAAGGACAUGUUCCAGAAAAUAAAUCACUAAUUAUAUGCCAAAUGAGUGAGUAAUUUUCUGAUGAAAACUAUGCAGCAAGCGAUGAAGUUGUUAUUUAAAAAGCAAAAGAAAGCUUAGUUAAAUUGAUGCCACAAUUAGAAUAGUAAAAAAUGUUUGAUAGUUAGAAGUUUUGUUGGGUUAAAAGGUGGAGAUAUGCUCUUCCUAAUAAUAACAAAGUUUCUGAGGAAUCUCUAUAAGAAUUUUAAUAAGAUGGUUUAUUUUUUGCAGGUGAUUUUUUGAUUGGAAGAGGAAGAGUUUUAUAAGCUUUUGAAAAAGGAUUAAUUGCAUCUGAUCAGAUUUAAGCUAAACUAUGA